GGCAGAGCCCAGGCCGCAGUGAUUUGGUAGCCGCUGCAGUAGGAGGAAGGACCGCGGUUCUACCCUUCUAUCUUUACGUUUCGCCUCGAAAUUUCAUCGGUGGUUCCCUUUGCUAACGAUCAGUGAACUGAGUGUACAGUAACGGUGUUCUAUGAUAACCGAGUCGUAGUAUUACCAACGGACAGUGAUACCAAUCGCCAUUUUAAUCGCACGUUUCCCCUGACAGAAGCGCUAGCACAACAAUGGCUCUGAAGAGAAUUCACAAGGAGUUGAAUGACUUGGCACGGGACCCCCCAGCCCAGUGUUCUGCAGGACCAGUAGGAGAUGACAUGUUUCACUGGCAAGCCACAAUAAUGGGACCUAAUGACAGUCCUUACCAGAGCGGGGUUUUCUUCUUGACCAUACACUUCCCCACAGACUACCCCUUCAAACCGCCAAAGGUUGCAUUUACCACAAGAAUCUACCACCCAAAUAUCAACAGCAACGGCAGCAUUUGUCUUGACAUUCUGCGAUCACAGUGGUCUCCGGCUCUCACCAUCUCCAAAGUCCUCCUGUCCAUCUGCUCUCUGCUGUGUGACCCAAACCCGGAUGACCCAUUAGUACCCGAGAUCGCCCGCAUCUACAAGACGGACAGGGAAAAGUACAACAAAAUAGCUCGGGAAUGGACACAAAAGUAUGCAAUGUAGUGUUGGGAUAGAAUCAUGGCCAACCACCUCUACGACAUAAGGUUAGGGGAGCUUCAGACGUAAAGAGAAAACAAACAAAAAACCAUUCAAACAAAUGAAAAGUUUAAAACAAGAUCUUGUUGGUUUCCAUUGGAGUGCUUUCUUUGAGCCACGCCUCCCCUUCACCAGAGUACCUGUAAAACUCCCUCUGCCCCUCCUCCUCUCUCUCUCUCCUUCUCUUUCUCUCUCUCCUCCCCUCUUGCCUCUCAGCUCACCUGCCCACCCUCCAGUGUACAUAUUGUCAACUUGCAAUGGUUAACAUCCAUCUCUCCCUACUCCUUUUUCACCUCCUCCCUCCUUUGUGACCUCUGACCCCAUCUCCUGACUUCCGUUACAUUUUGUCACCAUGCAGGUUGGGCUGCCCCCCCCCUCUUUCCUACACACACCUGCAUCCUCACCCUCCUUCCCCAGAUGUUAAUCACUAAAUGCAUUCCUUUGAGCAUCUGUAAAACUUUGAGGGGACCUUUUUUUUUCUUUAUUUCCCUUAUUUUUUAGGGGAGUGGGGGACAAUAAGAUGGAGGGAUUUUUACACUCUGCACCCUUUCUUGUUUUGUUGUCCUUAUAAUUUCCAUCUGUAGAGGUGACAAUUCAAGAAAGCAGUUUGUUUUUGCACGCGAGUCGAAGGGCACUCUGUAUUUUAUACAAUGAAUACUUAAAAGAAAUCAGCGCAGGCUAUGUAAAAUGGAAAAAAAAAUGCACAUGGCCUAUUUUGGUCUUCUGUUGGAUUCUAUGAAAGGACUUGAAUUUAUCCCCACACCUGCUCCGAACCCCCCCAACCCCCCUCCCACCCAAGUUGACCCCUUUGUACACACACAUAGACACACAUGCACGCACAAAUGUAACUCCCAUGUCACCCCUACCACUACCACCAACUUUUCUUUAUUCACAAAGUGGAGGUUCUGGACCAGGUAUUUAAGCAAUUUAUUUUUCUUAGUUUAACCUGUGUUUUUUUUUUUUAUCCCCACCCCCACCCCACCCCAUAACUCUUUAGGUUGCAUUUUUCCCCCUUUCCUUUUCUUUUUUGUUUUCUUUUUGUUUUCUUUUUUUUUGCUAUUGUUAAAUUAGAGGCUAACAUCUUAAAUGGCUAUGGGACUGGCUUGGGCUCUGGGUGCGAGGAGAACCCACUCUUCUUGCACAAAACCUCUGUAUAUUGAAUUACCUGAGAGGCUCGUUGAGCUUUGUGUGUUGAUUAAACUGUGUAAUAAAAACCCAUGAUUCCUG